AUGUCGCUCCCACCGCCCGCCAUCGUCGUCUCGCUCAUCCAGAGCAUACGCGCCCGUCCGAUCCUCUGGGACCAAUACCAACGCACCCACAUCAUCAACGAGCAGGAGCUAAAGCUGAUCAAAGCUGUUGAUAAAGUACCCAAGGACAAACGUGUAGCUAUUGUCGAGGGGGAUUUGGGUGAAUAUGGGAGGUUGAUUGUUGGGGAUUCGGAGGGGAAGCAGCCGGGAUUGCUGGAGAGGUGUGCGAAGAGGGUGGAGUUUAUACAGUACCUGCUCGCACUGGCGGUUGAGAUAUGUGAAGAUGUUCCAUCAUUCGUCACCACCUUAACCUCCCAUUCAGACCCAUACUCCCACCUCAUGACCCUUCUCGACCAUACCGACGCUCCGAUUCCUAUUAUCUCCUCCUACCUCCUAACAACCCUCAUCUCCUCUUCACUUUCCAAAUCCCGUACCGACAAUCCGACCAAACAAGCGUUACCAACUCUAUUCAAAUACCUCGCCACAAUCUCCUCCUCUUCUGAAUCAAACCUUCAAGAUCUAGCCGUCCAAAGCUACGUCCUACUCCUACGGAACUCUUACUCAAGAAAUACAUUCUGGGAAAUGGGAGAUGAAACUAUGAAGGGGUUGACGGAGGUGAUUGAAACUGCUGCGGCGGGGAGUAAAGGAAGCAGGACUACGGAUGUCGGAGUAGUUAAUAUCGCCAGUGGGAUUUCUUCUGCCGUGCCUUUGUUAAGUACUGGUAGUAGUAGCGUUCCUGCUGCUGCUGCGCCUUUAAAACAGGGUGGUGUGAAUUUACAGUUACUUUAUCAUGUGCUUGUGGCGAUCUGGCAGUUGAGCUUUGAAGAGGAGAUUGCUGAGGAACUGGAUGAUAAAUACGACCUGAUCCCCCCACUAGUCCACAUCCUCCGUUCCGCCCUCAAAGAAAAAAUCCUACGAGUCUGCCUAGCAAUAAUCACAAACCUAAUAAACAAAGCACCAUCCUCAAACCUUCCCUCGCUGUUACUCUCCCGUCUCCUCCCGCUCCUAACAACCCUCAAAGCUCGAAAAUUCACAGACCCGGAUCUAACAACCGAUCUAGAAACCUCUUUAACAGCUCUAGAAACCUUCCAGCUGACACAAACAAACUUUGACGAAUACGCCACAGAGAUCAGAAGCGGUCAUUUAAGUUGGACCCCGCCGCACAGGAAUCAGGACUUUUGGAAGAAGAAUGCUAGGAGGAUUAUGGAAGAAAAUAACGGCGAGUUGGUACAAUGUCUCGCUAGGUGGUUGAGGGAGAGUGAAGAGAAAUUAGUGCUGGCGGUUGCGGCGCACGAUGUGGGUGUUUUGGUAAAGGAAGUUCCUGAGAAGAGGAGGGUGUGGGAUGGGGUUAUGGUCAAAGCGAGGGUUAUGGAAUUGAUGGGCGAUAGUGAUCCGGAAGUCAGGUAUGAGAGUUUGAAGGCCGUCCAGGAGUUUUUGAGGUAUGCUUUUGGGGGCUAG